AUGCUCUGCCACGUCCAUUGCGAGCUUCCUUUUUCUUGAGGCAGAAGAUACUUCAAAUUCAGUAAUGGAGCCGAACAACAACAGUGUAGAAGAUUUCUCUUUGAAUGUCUUUUCUGUCACUCCUUAUCAGCCAAACAGAUCUGAUGUCCUGGUGUCAGAUGGGGAUAAAGCUGGUGCCACUUUGCUCUUUUCAGGUGUGUUUUUGGGUCUGGUGGGGAUCACUUUCACCGUGAUGGGGUGGAUAAAAUACAACGGCAUCACUCACCUGGAGUGGACUCAGUUAUUAGGACCUAUCUUGCUGUCUGUUGGGGUGACUUUUAUUCUGAUUGCUGUUUGUAAGUUUAACAUGCUUACAUGCAAGUCCUGUAAAGAAAGAGAGGAAAAUACGUCAGACCUUGACCAGACUGCAAGUGGACAGUCCUUUGUCUUCACCGGCAUUAACCAGCCGAUAACUUUUCACGGUGCCACAGUGGUACAGUACAUCCCUUCACCAAGCACAGCCCAGGAAGGCAUUGCUGUGAACCCUGGCUACCUUCACCCUGUGCUCAGCUGCUGCGGUGCUGUUUCCCCCAGCACCUCACCAAUGGCCACCCCAGGCUCUGCUCACUUCUGCCCUACCUACCACUUGGAUAACCCAGCUUUUACCGGAGAUGAAGACUACGCUACUUAUCCUGCAGAGAAUACCAGGAAUCAGAGACUGGAGGACAAUUCUGAUGAGCCAGAAGAACUGCUGGAACGCUGCACCUAUGAGGAUUUGUCGCCUCCCCGUUAUGAGGAAAUAUACCCACUGUCUUCUUAAAAUAGCCAUGAAUGACUUGACACUUCUAAGAGUUGCUGGCCUUUUAAUCUGCAAGAAGGUUUUCUUUAAACACUUGCAUGAUAAGCAAGUAUGACCAAAAUCUUGGUACUGAUACACACUUCAGUAUCACUGAAGAUCUUUAAGAAGUCCCUUCUUUUUUUCCCUCAAAACUCAUUAGCCCUUGUCUAUGCAGUUUAAUAGCAGAGCUAUUAAUUAUUUAAUAGCAAAAGUGUUAAUAGCAAAGCUAUUAAGCUCAAGGAUCUAGAUCCAUAUUAGGUUUCCCCAAAAAGAAGCCUGAUUUUCAGACUUGCUGAAAGCAAUGUGAACUGCGAAUGCACAAAAUAUUUGUGGAAGGUCGUGAUUGCUGCUGGACAUUCAGCAAUAUUAGAACACACUUGAUUUAUUCUUGAUAUGUUUUCCCUCUUAAUUGCUUGGGAAACUUCAAAAGUGCUCAAGCGUCUGAUCCAUGAAAGUACUGAUGAUGUCUUAAUUCUACCCGGUUCCUUAGAUUAGGUCACUUAUUUAUAAGUCCUGUCUACAGAUCAGACUUCUUUUGCUUGGUUCACCUGAACGAGCUAGUCCUGUAGGCAUUUUUGGAGCACACUGCUUGAACCAGAGAAUCCCAGAAUAGAAAAUAUAUGAAUAGUGAGGUUUUCUGAUUUUUACACAGACCUCUAAGAGAUCCUGAAUGCAUCAAACUGAGUUCUCUUUCCCACCAAGAAUCAUAAUAGCUAGUAGGUUAAUGUCCCUAAAGAAAACAACGCCUUUCUAAAGCCUUCACAGAGACAUGUGGUCCUACCAGUUUUAAAGGCUUUAGCAACCACAUCCUCUCCCUGCUGCACUGUCACUCUGUGGGAGAGCUGUGAUGCAACCCCUGCUAAGGUUCUUUCUUGUUUGAAUGUGUGUCUGAGGCACACAGCUGAAAUUAUAGGUUUCCCCAGAGCAUCCAGACAACUAUGGGCCACAGAGAACUCUAUUGUUCAAGUUCAGCUUUCAAGAUCCACAUGGUUCGAGGCAUUGUAUCCACAAAUGUAUUUACAACUGUAUCUAACAAAGGGUGAAGUGCAUAAUCUCCAAAGCAUUGCAAUCCAAAGUGGAGGUCCUAAAAAUCUUUGCUCAGGAGCCAUCUAGACACCGGGGCAAUGAGAAUGCCAUGAGUACUUGUAUUUUUAAUUUGUAUUUCUACAUAUGCUUUAAGUUCUGCCUUUAAGUGUGCCUAGAAGUGCCCUAAAAGAGCUGGACAAGGCUGUAUCUCCCCUUCCAGGAUACCAUCAGGUUUGCCUAUGUCCAUCAAAGGGCAAAGGGCAAGGGGUAAAGGCAAAAGCUCUUCUCAGCCCAUGCCUGCUGGACCAGGCACUACGCAAAAUGAUCUAGAGGGCAAUGGUCACUGUCCAAAACAACUGAGCCAUAUGCUGCUGUUGUGCCUGUGAGCCACAACAUGGAACAACAUGGCCAAAAGCAAGUGGUCAUUACGGAAUGCAUGAACUUUCUCUACUUGACAAUAGAGAUGUCUCAGCUCCUGCCAGUUGUCAUCGAUCUGUGAUUGAUUUCAUUGAUCUCAUUCCUGAAGGCUGAAGAAGUCUAGUGUUGAGCACGAUCGGGUGAUAUGGGAUGUACCUGACACAGAGUGUCCACGCAACCUCACUAGUGAUUGGGUGACACAGCUCUGGACGAAGAUCUGCAUUCAGAACAUUGUCUAGUUGCACGGGUCUGCAGGGGCUCGCUGUCCUCCCUGUGAGCACCAUCCUCCCUGUGCUCUAUACUUAGAGACUGACAGGGAAUAAAGCAUUUUUGGAGGGGCACAGGGAAACUACUGUUCUCCACAGUGAUGGAUGUGACAUUGACAGAGGUCAUAUUUGGGACACAACGUUUAAACUGAGUCAAAGCUGCAUUAGCAAUUGCAGCAGCAGCUACUGGACAGUGACUACAAACUAUGUGUGAGGUUUUUCUUGCUGGAGAAAUAUAGAGCACGCUGAUUUUUCAGCAGUGAUGGCCUGGUGCUUGCAGGCAGGCAGACACACAGCGAUCAGCACGAUCUCUACAGGACUGAG